AUGCCUCACAAGGUAUUUAAGUUGACGAUCGACUUGGGAGAUGACGUGGUAUGGGUAUGCAAGGCUCGAUGUCACAGCCGCGAGGAGAAGCAUACGCCUACGCAGAAGCACGAUACCGAGGAUGCCAAUAUCCACCAGCAGCAGACGCAGCAAAAGCCAGAAGUUCAAGACCCACUCCUCUCUCAGGGCCAGCGGAAGCAGUUCAACCACCCCGAGGACCAACCCCAGGGCACGCGUGAGCAGCUGUCCCAGCAGAAUCAGGUUGAGCAACAGAACCAGCGGAAUCUCUGGGAUAGAUGCUUGCGGGAACGGCAGCAGACUCAUCAAUGCCAACGCGAGAUCCAGCACUCCCAGCAGCAAGUCCAAUUCGAGCCUUUCCACCAGCAAUUCACGCACAAGAGGCAAAAGGUUCAGGAUAAGGUAAAGCAGGAAAAGUGGUUCCAGAAAUGGCGUCAGGAGUUUAAGGACCAGGUCCAGACACAACAGCCUGAUGAAGAAGAAUGCCCGAUCCCGCCUGAUUACCGACAGGCACCGAAGCAGCCCACGCAACAGCCACUUAACGGCCAAUACCAACCACAACAGCCUCAAAACCUGACUCAGAAUCCACAGACACCGAGCCAGUACUGGAAGCAGCCCCCACACGUGCCCCAUUACCCUCAGCCCCGAUACCAGGUCUGGCAUCACCCAUAUUAUCAGCCGUGGCAGCCGCAAACUCAGAGCAUUCUCUGGACGUUGCAGGCUCAGUACCAAAAUUUAGAUCAGCAGAUUCGGCAGUUACGCUGGCAGCAGUGGCUCCAAUCCCAGAAACAGCAUUGUGAAGUCCAAAAUCAGAAGCGGUUUCAGACCUGGCAGCAGCAGGCGUCUCAACAGCUAAUCAAGUGGCAGCAGGCCCAAUACAACGCCCGUAGGGAGCGCCACCAGCUUCAGCCGCGGGAAGGAAGAAAACAGUCCCGAGCACAUGACGAGUCAGGUAUUCCCGAUUUUCCACCGUCUCCUUUUGGAACAAAUGAAGAUAGCAAUGAUAGUAACGAGGAGGGAUAUCCAGAGAGUGAAGAGGGUGAAUAUGAGAGUCAAGGCGAGAGGGAUGGGAGCGAUAAUGACCUGGAGAGUCACAGUGAGACUGAGAGCGAAAGCAAGGUGGAAGAGGACAAGGACGAGGACGAUGAAGAGGAUAAUGUGGGGAGUGAGAGCGGCUUUGUUUUUAUCUGA